CAUAAGAUUUAAAUAGCUGCCCUCGCACUUCAUUCGUUAUUUUCCAUAGUGUUCUUUACCAAGAUGAGGUUUCUUCAAGCCUUCUUUUUCGUCUUAACUCUACUGGGUACCACCCGACCUGAAGAAACCGCCACUGGGGUUGUGAUAAGCAACGGCCCCGCUUGUGCCCAGAUCGGUACUUCCAUUUUAAAGAAAAACGGUACUGCCGUGGACGCAGCAAUCGCUGCUCUGUUCUGCGAAGGAGUUUCAGUACCCAACUGCAUGGGUCUCGGAGGGGGUUUUCUCAUGAACAUAUAUAUAAAAGAUGGGGGUAAGAGCGACUUCUUGAUUGCUAGAGAAGUAGCACCGGAGAAAGCCAACGAGACGAUGUUUGGGAAAGACGAAGAUUCUGCGAUCAGAGGGGGACUGGCGGUGGCGGUACCGGGAGAACUCAAGGGGUAUUGGGAGGCUUACAAUAAGUACGGAGGAGGAGUACCUUGGAAGGAUCUGGUACAACCGACUAUAGAUUUGUGUAAUGAGGGAAUCCCGGUGACGAAGUACCUGGCGGCGGUUACCGAUACCUACAAAGAAGACAUAAUGAAGGACGACAUUCUUCGGGGGAUUUUUAUCAAAGCAGCGACAAACCAAACGUAUGCAGAAACCGAAAAAAUCACUCGACCUCGUCUCGCUAAAACCUUGGAACUGAUAGCUGAAAACGGCGCCGACGUCCUCUACAACGGUACUCUAACCUCAGACUUCGUCAAAGACAUCCAAGCCAAAGGUGGAAUCAUCACUGAAGAAGACCUCCAAAAUUACGCCCCUGUGUGGUCAACCCCCAUCCCAAUCCAACUCCCCUUCAACCAAACCCUCCACGCCACCCCUCUCCCAGGCUCCGGGCUUAUCCUCGGGCUCAUCAUGACCAUCCUCAGCGACUUCCUCGACCCCGCUGACCCCACCUCGGUCACCAACUGGCAACGCGUCAUCGAGGCUUUCAAAUUCGGCUUCGCCAAACGCACUGAACUCGGCGAUCCCGAUUUCGUCGACGUCACUGAGAUAGUCAACCAAUUGACAUCAACAACCUUUGCACAAGAACUCCGAGCCCUCAUUUUUGACAACCAGACGUCUGAAGAUCCAGGGUACUACGGAGCGAAUGUGACGCAGCCGUUGGACCAUGGUACCGCUAAUUUGUGUGUGUUGGCACCCAAUGGAGACGCGGUUUCCGUCACUAGUACCAUCAACUACGAUUUUGGGGCUGGAUUUGCGUCUGCGAGUACCGGGAUUAUUUUGAAUGACCAAAUGGAUGAUUUUUCGUCGCCGGGGUUUGAUAAUGUGUACGGGGUACCGCCGUCCCCCAGUAACUAUAUAGUACCAGGAAAGAGACCCAUGUCGUCCAUGAAUCCCUCGAUCGUGGUGGAUGGCAAUGGGGAUGUUCGACUCGUGGUUGGUGGGUCUGGAGGUACCAAGAUUAUCACGACGGUGGCAUCGAUCAUGAUUAAGAAUUUGUGGUUUAAUUACACUGUUAAGGAUGCUGUUGUUGAUAAGAGGUUGCACCACCAGCUGUUUCCAAUGCAAGUACUGUUGGAGGAAGGGUACUCACAGGAUUUCAUAGAUGCUCUAAUCGAGAUUGGGCAUAAUGUGACCGAAGCGGGACCGGCUGAUGGUUUUAAUACCAUAACCUCCAUUUCUAGGGAGGGUGGUACUUUGUAUGGUAGUUUUGAUCCAAGGAGGGGGGGUGGCGAAGAUUACGUCUAUAGUACGACGGGUGGUACUUCAACGGUCACUGGAGUGUCUUAUCAAUUGUGGUUUUUAUUUGUUUGUGUCAUGUUUUAUCAACAAUAUAGUGGCUAAAAUAUG